AUGGAGGGGGAAUUGGCCGGGAGCAAAGCCUGGCUGCCCUCGCUGCUCCUGGCGCUGCUCGGCCUCGGGCCAGGCAUCUUGGCCGAGGCGCGUUUUAAGGCGGACAAUGAGGUUUUGCAGAUGCUGGCUGGGAAUUCCUCCCAGACUCUGUUGGAGCGUUGUUCUGAGCUCCUUUUCGGCCAAGCCAGGGCGCAGCCCCGGCAAGUGAACGGCGUCCUGGGGAGGUCCGUGCUGCUCUCCCCGGCUCUGCCCCCCAACAAGACGGUGAAGGAGAUCGAGUGGAGCUUUUCAGCCGGCGCCGGUGCCACCAUUCAAGUGGCAGAGUUCGGCCCCGGCGGCUUCGAGCGCCCAGACCCCAAGGACCGGUUCAAGGACCGGCUGGAGAUGCUCAACGAGACGGCGCUGAAGAUCGAGGCCCUGGAGCGGGGCGACAGCGGGGUCUACGGGGCUCGGAUUAAACUGCACCCGGCGCUGGUGGAGGAUCAGUUCUUCAACCUCUCCGUCUACGAGUCGGUGCCGAGUCCCCGGACCCGCAGCCAGCUCCUGGCCAGCACCCUGGAGUGGUGCAACCUGACGUUGCAGUGCCAGGGCGCCGGCAAAGGCGCCGUCAAUGUCACCUGGAAGAGGGACAACGUCAUCCGGGACCUGACCUCCGACGGCCACCAGCUCUCCCCGGAUGGGACCACCCUACGGGUGACCCUGCCACCCACCGCCGCCAACGUCACCUACGCCUGCACCGUCAGCAACCCCGCCGAUCAGAAGGUCGUCCUCUUCGACCUGCAAGCCAUCUGCCAAAGCGGAGGGGGACAGACGUCCUUCUCGAAGUCGGGGUACAUCGUCCUGACCCUCAUCCUGCUGGCGGUGAGCUUGGGGGGAGCCUUCUGGUGCUGGCGGAUGAAUAGCGAGAAGGCGGCAGACCCCGCUGCCACCCCCACGGUGCCCGCCGAGGAGAGCCCCUCCGACCCCCAGUACGCCGAGAUCGUGCGCCGGAGCCCCCCGGAAGGUAAUGAUCAGGGCCUCAGUCACCCCGAAAAUAACCAGGAGCGGAGCCCGCCGCAGAAAGCACCGGUCACCACCGUCUACGAGCAGAUCCACCGGGCACCAGAGGACACGGCCGAGGAGGUGACAUAG